GACAAGACAGUGAUUAUUAUUCGCUUUUUAUACCUUAAUGCAUACAACAAGCAGAGGCAUAGGUGUUCACUUUAAAGCAUUAGAGCACCUUACAAUUAGAUUAGGAGCAUGCAAGACACAUCAUCGUCAUCAUCGGCAACAACAAAGGAAAGACAAGAUCCUAAGGCUAUGAGAGAGAGAGAAAGAAAAAAAAAUUAACAAAGGCUGUUCUUCUACUGCAGCGCCACAAUGUUGAUUGAGCUGACCCAAAGAGUAAGUCACAGGUUAUGGAGGCAAAUAGUGAAGAGGGAGAGACGGCGCAGAGUACGCCAAAGGAGAGCACAGGAGCUGCACCUAAAGCAAGAACAAAAACAACGUGCACUCAUGCAGGACCCCCACUAUGUGAAGGAACUGGAGAGAUUACAACAAAUGGAGGAGGAGACUCAGAGGCUAGAAGAGGAAGAAGCUAAAAGGAGGAAGGAAGAGUGGUUGUUGCGAGAUGCAGCUCUUCAUUCAAAGUUUCUGUAUGAGAAACGUAAAAAACAGUUACAAGAAGAACAACAAAAAAAACAAGAGGAACUGAUCAAGAAAGAAUGGGAAGAAAAACAGAGGACAGAAGAAGAAAAGAAGAAAGAGGAGCAGGAAGCACUUCUAAAAGCUGCAACUGAGAGUCUUGGGAAGCCAGGAGAAGAGCCAACACACAACCCCGAGCCUCCACCGGGCUACAGCAGGAGUCGCAUCAGCCCGCCCAAGAGGGAGCCAUGUCCAUUUUUCACAAAGACAGGAGCAUGUCGAUUUGGUGUGCAGUGUUCUAGAGAACAUGUUUAUCCUGAGAGAAGCCAUACAAUAUUGCUUCCAAAUAUGUAUUCACAUUUUGGCAUGGAUCAUUUGGCUAUGGAAGAGAAGGAUUCUGAUAUUCUAUUAGAAUACUCUGAAUCAGAGAUGUACCAGCUUUUCAGGGAAUUUUUUGAGGAUGUUCUGCCAGAAUUCCAGCGAUGUGGAAAAGUUGUCCAGUUUAAAGUUUGUGCCAAUGUGAGCCCUCACUUGCGUGGCAAUGUUUACGUCCAAUUUAUGAAUGAAGAUGAUGCUUUGAAAGCUUGUGCCUUGUUUAAUGGGAGGUGGUACGCCGGUCGCCAGAUGACCUGCUACCAAGUAACAAUAGAAAAGUGGAGAUAUGCACUAUGUGGGCUGUACUGGCGAAAGCAGUGUCCCAAAGGUGACCAUUGCAAUUUUCUGCAUGCAUACAGAAAUCCUGGUAAUGUUUUCUGGCAAGCAGAUAGAGACAUGCAGCCUUUUUCAAGUCUUAGAAAGACACCAUUGCAUCACAGAUUGUCCCCAGAGAGGAACUUCAGAAAAAAACAUGAAAAAUCAAGUAAACUCUCCAAUGAAAGAAGAAGAAACUUCAAGGAUGACGAAGAUAGUGAAUGUGAGAUUGGUGUUUCACAGAGGUCAAAAGACUUAAGUGAUACAUCAGAAACUGAAGUGAAUGAGUCUUCAAAGAGAAAACAUUCAUCACAAGGUUCAAGACAAAAGUUAAGAAGAUCAAGGUCUGAGAAAUCAAGUGAUAGGUCAGAACAGACAAGUAGUAAAUCACGAAAGUCUAGCAGGAGGUCAGAACGGUCUAGCAGUAGGUCAGAACAGUCUAGCAGUAGGUCAGAACGAUCUAGCAGUAGGUCAGAACGGUUUAGCAGUAAGUCGGAACGUUAUGGUAGUAGGUCAGAUCGGUCUAGCAGUAGAUCAGAUAGAUGUAGCAAAUCAGAAUGGUCAAGGAGUAAGUCUGCUAGGCUAAGUAGUAGCCCAGAAAGACCUAGUAGAAAAUCAAGCUCAAAAAUACUAAAAAAAAAAAAAAAAGGUCAGAAUCACAUAGGGUAGUCAAAUAAUAGUUAAAAAGACAAAAUAUUGAACCAAAAGUACAAAAUAGUUUUUCAUGUCAGUUUAAAAUAGGAGUAGGUUGGUUGUUGUCAGGGAUGGAUGGGCAGAUGUCUCAUUGGGUGAGUGCUUGAGCAGUUGUAGACAGCAGACCCUCCAAGUAAUGGCGCCAUCUCCCAACCACUGAUGUAUCUGAUGUAUAGUGGAUGCUGAUUUACUCAUUGACUCUGUUGAUGAGGCCAGAGAAGCUGUCGCAAGGAGAAGGAGUUGAAAGGCAUUUGGUGUUUGUAGCAUCAGUGCAGAGCUCCUCAAAGCUGGAGGAGCAGCCACUCUGUGUGGGUUCUAAGCAUUCUUGACUAUACUAUAUUCCAGUCUGGUACCAUUCCUCCUGUCUGGAAGAAGGAGCUGAUCAUCCUUAUCAAGAAAGGGAAGGGGAAUAGUAAGGACUGUAUCAGCUACAGCAGUAUUACACAGCUUAGUGUGCCAGGCAAGGUGCUUGCCCAUCCAUUACUUAUGCAGAUUCACAGCCAAUUGCUGAAGUUGCUGAGACCUGAGAAAUCUGUGUAUAUGGUUGGCAAAUCAAUGACUGAUUGUAUCCUAGUGUUGGAAUGCUGAUGUGAGUUUCAACUGGAGAUGCUUUCAGCCUAUGUCAAUCUCAAGAAAGCAUUUGAUUCAGUGCAUUGUGAGACACUAUGGAAUAUUGACUGGUUAACAUUCUGGGACUAGAACAUUGCUGGAAUAGCUGUCACAUUGGCAAUUACUCAUUGAAACUGGAUAGAGGCCUGCAUAGUCUGUGAACACUCACUCUGGCUAUACUGGCAUGUGGUUUGCUACCUGGAAGUUGACCUGGCUCACGGGUUGUUUCUGUAAGAGACAAUACUUGUUGCUUGAGUACAAGUCAAUGAGGUUCUUAAAAUGGGAAGGGGGUCUACAUCAUGGAGGUAUUAAGGGUGGAGAGGCCCACAGCGCCGAGCACGCUGUACUGGUGAGUGAAGCCAGUUUUCGUGGUCUCAGCUGUCAAAUCGGCUGCCAUAUUGUUCAAGAUGUGAGGUACGAAUACGAGGGUGUAGCCUGGUGGACAGCCACAGCCUUUUAGUGGUGCAGACUGAUGUUAUUUACAGCGACUGCCAUGGU